AUGCCCUUCAAGAUCGAUACAACUACCCCCCUCUACAUUGUGUUGGUUGUGGGCGGGGCCAUCUCCUUGAUCCUUGGAGCGCUAUCUUGGGCUCGCACCGCCGCUCUGCUUCUUCCUUUACCGACAUGGGUUCCAGCCACCGCGACACUUAUAUCCCCGAUCACAGUACUCACACUGAUAGCCACGCGAGUGUUUUCCAAGCAGUCAGACCAUGAGACUCCUCGCAAUUGUUGGUGGAGCACAAUAUCCGGUAUACUUAAUCAGAUCCAGACCAUCAUAUCGACCAUCGUGGCCACAGUAGCGCUGGCGUACAUCUUCCCCGACAGUAUUCUCUCAUGUAACCUAGACCAACAAUGGCAGGCGUUCUUCCAGUCGAAGAAUUCGCACGCUAUCCGCUCAAUCCAAGAUGAGUUCCGAUGCUGUGGUCUUCGAAGUCUUCACGAUAGGGCAUGGCCUUUCAAGGACCGGAACCACGGGGACAAUGCAUGUGAAUUGCAGCUAGGAUAUCAGAGGAGUUGCUUCGCUCCUUGGAGAGAGCACCAGCAGAGUACUUCUUGGAUGGUUUUUGCAGCAGCUGUUUUUGUUUUUGCAGCCAAGAUUGCUUAUAUUCGGCUGUUCAGCCAUAGAAUGAGUUGGAUGAGCACACAAUCUGCCAUAAGGAGGCCUGAUUACCAGCAGAUUAUACACACGGCGGUGCAAGACGAAGGGGACAACGAGAACGGCGUUCAUGGGGAGGCGCAGAGGACAUUCUUACCCGAGUCAAUUACCGAGUAUAGAAACGAUUGGGAGGUAGAUUAA